CAUUGGAUUGUGUCCUCGUAUACCGCCGUUACGCACUCACGCACAGCUCCCGAGCCCAGAUCCAACCAGAGACCACACCCUGCUUUAUGUCUCAAGCCCUCCCACACGCGCUCGCGACAGCCGGGGUCAGAGAGCGCGAGCCUAUUGGACUUUUUUGGGGGUCUGUUUUUGAGGAGGGGGCUUCGAGUGAAGAUUCCUGCUGUGUGUAGUUUUCUUUCUCUAACACAUCUAUUUCCUUCUUUUCUGGAAACUUCACACAUAUUUGCUUCCUGCACGUCCCAAACUCGGGGUUUUUUUUCACCUCUGACAGAUUUUGAUCCAGUCUUCACCCUCAUCCAGCAGCCCAGCCUGUGUGCCCUAAAGCACAAGCAUUCAGAAGUAGCCCUACCCGAAGCAUCAACAUACAUCUUACAGUUUCCAGCCAGUGAAGAACCAACCAGCUCCUGCAACAACUAGCUGGAAACCAAGGAGACGGACACUGUGCACUAGAGCGUCAGACUAACAGGGGAGCCAUGUUGAUCAUCUUAGCCUUCAUCAUCCUCUUUCACCUGGCUUCAGCCAUCCUGCUGUUUGUUGCUACAAUUCACAAUGCAUGGUGGGUGGUGUCACAUACCGGUCAUGAAGUAAUCUAUGCCGACUUGUGGUACUCCUGUAACAGCACCUGCUACCCCGUGGUGAACAGUCACUCUACCGAAGUUUAUCUACAGGCAGUUCAGGCUGCGAUCAUCCUGGCAACCAUUUUGUGCUGCGUCAGCUUCUUUGUCUUCAUGCUUCAGCUGUUCAGCAUCAAACAGGGAGAGAGAUUCAUUUUCACAGCUAUUAUCCAGUUGCUUGCCUCUCUAUGUGUGAUGACCUCUGCGUCCAUCUACACAGCUCAGCAUGAGAACUUCCAUGCAGCCAGUCUCAAAUCUGGCUCCUACGGUUCCUCUUACAUCGUGGCAUGGGUUAGCUUUCCCAUGACUCUCAUCAGCGGCCUUAUGUACCUGGUGCUCAGGAAACGUAAAUAGAUGUGACAGGCAAGCAACAACAUAGAUAGGAUUUUUGGAUGUUCAUGCAUAACAACAAAGGGGCAUUUUCACAUUUUCUCUCCAUCAGGUUUUUAGUAUUUACAUCUGGAACUUAAAUCCCUGUCAGCAGCUUUUGCUAACACAUUGUUUUCUUUAUUUGCUCUUUUGCCAACCAAUUCCAACAAUUUUCACAAAAAGAAAAGUGUAACAAUUUCUUUGACUGUGACGAAAGGAUUUACCAAAGGGCCCAUAUUUUCCAAUAAAUUGCAACAUUUUUGUGUACAUAUUUGAAGUGUAUGUUUAAUUCAGUUUAGGUUUUAGCAGUAGAAAUAAAUAAUAUAUAUUACUCAAAGCAUAAAAGAAGUGUAGUGAAGUCAUAGCGAAAGUGUCACAUGUAGGAUUUUGACGCUUGGUUUGUAUUCUUUUUAUGCUAAUUUGUGAUUUCUUAAAGAAAGAUGGACCAGUGAUGUAAUGUGUUAUUUGGGAUUAUAAUUGAACGAAACAGACAAACUUGAAAUAUGAAUGAAGAUUUUCUUUGUUACUGACUUUUGUCAUAGCUUCUCUGAAAAGCUAUUUGUUGUUCUAAACCACUGUUUGUCAUGUAUUUUUAGAUACUGAAGAUGUUUGAAGUAAGAAACGUUUGUCGGUUCUUCCCUUCUGGUCAAGCUAUUUCCCUUUCAGAACAAUAUAUUUCAUUUAUGCUUAUUAACCGAUACAUGUAUCAAGCUUGGGCUUGAUGUUUAUGUUUGAACAUUUAGAGCAAGCAAUUGGAAUUUUCUUGAAAAUGUUCAAAUUGGCCAUCAGUGAUAUAUUGUGCUAAUUUGUAUUAGAAAAACUGGAUGGAGUUUAGACCACAUAAUCUAGGGAAGACUAGAAUAAAGAGGACUGGGAGAAUGGACAUGCAAAUGAUUAUGCUCUGCUGUCUCUAGCUGAUACUUGAAAAUUUAAUGGAACAAUAUGUUGUAGGGCAAGAAUGUGAGUUCAUUUUGUUUCAUUUCUACACAUUUGUUAAAAUUACAGCAAAUCUCAACACUGAACAAAAUUUUUAUUUUUAUUUUUCAACUAAAAAUCAUAAACCUUAAUUAAUCAGAUGUCUUACUGGUACCAAAUUUGACCCGCCUUUGCCAUGAAUUGUCUCUCAUUAGAACCACCAUAAAAACACACAAUUUCUUUCACCAGAAAAAGCCUUUUGAAGUAUUAACUUGCGUUGCUUGAGCAUUUCAUAUUGUUAUAUUUAACUUUUUAAGAGCUUAUGUUAAACACAAUUGUCGGUGUAUAGAGUUUUCUUUUUCUGUUUCCUGUACGUGUGAAGUGCUGCAAAGCACUGUUUGCUGUUUUUAUUCCGGUUUGUUUGUUAUGGUUGUUUUUGACCUCAGUUGCAACAUCUCUCUAUUGGACAUCAUGUUGUGUUUUUAUGUAUCACAUAAAACUCUACUGACACUCAGUGGACAGUUUGGGAACUGCAACAUUGUUUUUAAGGAUACAGAUGUUUGCCCUUUCAUCUUUUGAAUAUAAAUUUUAAUAAAUGUUAAUAUUAAUUCAUAGUAUGUAUUGAUAUGUUUAUUGUUCUCUGCUUUCCUGACUUUGGUUUGAACACCUGACCUACAUUAAAACUACAAGCAAAAAUGGGAAAAUGGAGGCAGGAUUACAAUUUUUCAUUAGGCAAUAAGAAAUCUGAAUAAACAAUGAUCACA